UUCUGGACUUCUGAGUUCCUUAUGAUACGUACGGUUUAACAUAAGAUCUCUUCCCUUUCGCUACGAAACAAAAACCAUCGAUUCCAAAAUACUACCCAAAUCAAAUUUCCUCUUUUAUCUACUGAAAAUUCAAAGCCUCGGGAAAACCAGUUUAUGCAUUCAACUAAUCUACACUUCUCAAACCACUCCACCACUGAAACAGAUUCCUGUCCAGCCUAACCAGCUGAAGUUUCACAUUCGUAUUCCAAUCUGGGGCACAUCUAAUUCCAACGGAAUUUGGUGAUCCUUCCAAGCUCAAAUUCUUAAACUUGGGUUUCCAUUUUUCAGGGUUUCUUUGGUUCGUAUGGAUGCGAAACUCGGGUUUCUAAGUAGUGCUUUACAAGUAUUUGAUGAAACUCCUGAAAGAAACAAAUUUUCCAGUAUGCGUGUUUGGAAUGGUUUGAUUAAUAGGAACUGUGGUGACGGUAAUUUAAACAAGGCAAGUGAGAUCUUUGAGGUAAUGUCUAUUAGGAAUUCUAACUCUUGGAGCAGUUUAAUGAAUGGGUAUUUGAGAAUAAGAGAGAAAGAGAGGGCGAGAUUGGUUUUGGGAAUGUCACAGAGGAAUGUGGCUUCUUGGACUACUAUUGCUAAUGGAAUUUCACAGGAUGGUCAGCAAUCUACGGACAUGUUUUCUGAAAUAUUGGAUGCUGGUUCAAAUACUGAUGACCCAGUUAAAGUUUCUGCUUUAUCAGCUUUUGCGAGAAUUGGUGCAUUAGAAACUGGAUUUUCGAUCCAUAAUUUUGCUUGUCACAAUAGGUUCAAAGGGAGCAGACAAAUAGGGGCAGAGUUGGUUGAUAUGUACGCUAAAUGUGUGAAAAAUUACUGUGCUGAUAAUAUGAUAAAUGAGCUACAAGGAAUAGCAGGUCAAUCUGGCCGGGCAACUCAAGGAUGUUCUGAACAAGCUCUUCAAUGCGCUGACAUCACAAGGAAAGGUGAGCAAAAGCAGCUUCAAAAUGUGGAAAGAAAUAAAAUUUGUUCAUCAAAUGGAGAUGUUACUGAAAGUGGUGCUAGUUUCGUAAGAGAACCUAUUACUUUUGCUGAUAAAAAGCUACUGGUUCUAGAUCUCAACGGGUUGCUUGUUGACGUUGGGAAAAGAUCAUGUACUAAGAGGCCCUAUUGUGAUGAUUUCCUCAAAUUCUGCUUUGAAAGAUUUCAUGUGGGUGUUUGGUCUUCAAGAACUAAGAAAAAUGUGAAUAAAGUGGUUGACUUUCUCAUGGGAGAUUUAAAGGAAAAUCUCAUAUUUUGUUGGGAUCAAUCCCACUGCACCGAAACAGGUUUCAAAGUUAUUGGUCACUGGUAUAAGCCUUUGAUAUUGAAAGAGCUGAAGAAGCUAUGGAAUAAGCAUGAACAAAAUCUUCCAUGGGAAAAGGGAACUUUCAACGAAUCAAACACAUUAUUGUUGGACGACUCCCCCUACAAAGCUUUAUGCAAUCCUUUGCACACUGGAAUCUUCCCUUCCUCGUAUACUCGAGAGGAUCUAAACGAUGAUUCAUUGGGUCCAGGAGGAGACAUCCGUGUUUAUCUAGAAGGUUUAGUUGAGGCUGGAAAUGUUCAGAAAUAUGUUGAGAGACACCCCUUUGGCCAACCCGCUAUUACGCGCAGAAAUCCUUUUUGGUGCUUCUACCGCCAAGUCCAUGAUACUGUUGUAACAAAGAUGAAACAGAAGGAGUUCCUAAAAUACGUUUAGAGGAAAUUCAAGAGUAUUUGGAGGUCCCAUGUUUCAUCAUUAAGAAGAGAACUUUUUUUUUCAAGUGGCAAAGCUUACUGGGCGACAUUACUUUAAGUUGAUAGGAAAAUGGUGUUUUGAGGAAGCUCUUGCAGUUGUUUCAUUUUAGGUUGAGAGAUCAGUACGUCCACGGAAUAACAAUAAUCUUCAGAUCACCGCUACAGGAGUUGCUUGAACAAGCGAAAACCUUCAGAUCACCACUACAGGAGUUACUGUUCGACUGUACUCGAUGAGUCCCAGGUAUUGUAGAAGUUGAACAAAGAAGAGAGGUCGAAAGAGAACAAGAUAAUCCCAAACUCGCGAGUUCCUGACUCCUAAUGACAACAUUGGCAUUGAGCUCCAUCCUUCCCCAGGUGAUGUCAACUUACAAAUUAGUGUUCCAGCAGUCGAGAGAGUAGAACCUGAAGUACCUGUUGAAUACCCUAGAGCUGGCACUCUCUUCGAGCAACGUCUGAAGGAAAUGAUCUUUGGGGUACUGUUGAGAAGUUUGGUGUGCUACUUUGGUUGGUUUCGCUGUAUGCUAAAUUAUGGAAGAAGUAUGGACAUAUUGCUGCUACGAAGGGAAUCAUUGUCCAUAACUAGCCAAGGGUGAUUGGGUGUUGUUUUUCUAUUUUGUAUGUUUUAGAGAAGCAUACUUCUACUUUGUAACAAAGACUGAUGCCAUCUUUCUUCUUGGUGCUAUAUGUUUUUGUGCUCAA